GACACCUCGCAGAGGGCGUCUCUAAGACGCGGAGAUUGGAAAAUCAUCACGGGGUCUCCAGCUCUCGUCAUACAGUAUAUUGAUGGAGAACCAGUGGAGCUUGAAAUCAUUGGCAUCGACCCCAGCAUCCAGAACGUGUCCUUUAACAAGAACGUGUGGCUGUACAACAUUACUAAAGACCCGUAUGAGCAAUAUGACGUGUCAGAAAAGUACCCGGAUGUAGUGCGCCUCCUGUUGGACAGACUAGAAGCUAUCCGGCAGAUGGCACCACUUACAAUAUGCCCCGACCCAGAUCCAGCCCUAAAUGCAGCAUUACAGAAUGGCGUUUGGGGUCCGGCCGUUUAUCCUACUAGUGGUUCAAUUUCUGAAAGUGCUAAUCAUUGCUUCUGGAUUUGUUUCUUUGUUUUAACGGCUCUUAAUGCAUUGGUAUGA